UAUUAAUUAGUAUCACGUGAUCACCCACGUGCUCUAGUAAAGAUGUCCACAGAAGCACAGCUCCUGGUUGGAGGAGAGAGAACUACUGGAGAGAAUGUUAGGAGCCAGAAUGUGACAGCAGCAAUCUCAAUUGCUAAUAUUGUGAAGUCGUCUUUGGGGCCGGUCGGGUUGGAUAAAAUGCUUGUGGACGAAGUUGGAGAAGUAACAGUGACUAAUGAUGGAGCAACUAUCCUUAAACUGCUUGAGGUGGAGCACCCAGCUGCUAAGGUCCUCGUUGAAUUAGCCGAUUUACAAGACCAGGAGGUCGGGGAUGGGACCACAUCAGUCGUCAUCAUUGCAGCCGAACUACUCAAACAUGCGGAAGAACUCAUUAAAUUCAAAAUCCACCCAACCUCAAUAAUCCAAGGAUACAGACUGGCCUGCAAAGAAGCAGUGCGGUAUAUACAGGACAGACUAACUGUUAGUGUUGAUGAACUGGGACAGGAAUGUCUAUUGAAUGCAGCAAAGACUUCUUUAUCAUCAAAACUGAUCGGACUUGAGUCAGAUUUCUUCUCCAAUAUGGUGGUCAGUGCCGUCCAAUCUGUCAAGAGGACUAAUGCUAAAGGAGAGAUACGGUAUCCGAUCAAAGCCAUCAAUAUUUUAAAAGCUCACGGGCGAAGCACAAAAGAGAGUGUCCUAGUUGACGGGUAUGCAUUGAACUGUACUGUCGCUUCUCAAGCAAUGCCGAUGAAGGUUGAAAAUGCUAAAAUAGCUUGUCUGGACUUCACUUUGCAGAAGGCGAAGAUGCAAAUGGGUGUAUCAGUCUUGGUGACGGAGCCGGAGAAACUGGAGGGAAUCAGACAACGUGAGUACGAUAUAGUGAAGGAAAGGAUUGAGAAGAUACUGGCAGCUGGAGCUAACGUGGUCCUCGUCUCAGGAGGUAUUGAUGACUUGUGUCUUAAGUAUUUUGUGGAGGCUAAAGCAAUGGGAGUAAGGAGAGUGAAGAAGGAGGAUCUGAAGAGAAUAGCUAGAGCAACUGGAGCAACGCUUGUCGUUUCCAUGGCAAACAUGGAGGGAGAGGAGACGUUUGACUCGUCUCUGCUGGGGCAGGCAGAGACUGUCGUACAGGAAAGGAUCUGUGACGAUGAACUGAUAUUUAUAAAAGGUACAAAGUCACGGUCUUCAGCCUCCAUAUUGCUGCGGGGUCCUAACGAUUAUUAUGUUGAUGAGGUAGAGCGUUCUUUACACGACUCACUUUGUGUCUUAAAGAGAGUCCUUGAGUCCAACCAGCUGGUGGUGGGGGGAGGAGCCGUAGAAACAGCUUUAUCCAUAUACCUUGAGAACCUUGCGACGUCAAUUUCUUCAAGAGAGCAGUUGGCAGUUGCUGAAUUUGCUCAAGCUUUGCUAGUUAUCCCAAAGACCCUCUCGGUUAAUGCUGCCCAGGACUCCACUGAUCUGGUCUCAAAACUGAGAGCAUUCCACAAUGCCUCACAAACUAUGACAGAAAGAGAGUCAUUGAAAUGGUAUGGACUAGAUUUAUUGACAGGCUCCGUCCGAGACAACAAGAAGGCUGGUGUCCUUGAACCGGCACUGAGCAAGAUCAAGAGCCUUAAGUUUGCUACAGAGGCGGCCAUUACUAUCCUCCGUAUUGAUGAUAUGAUAAAGAUUGCUCCCAAACCAAAGGAGGAUCGUCCCGGAAUGCAUUGAGAGAAUAGAGACAGUCUCUUGUGUAUUAAUUAAUGAAUUUUGAUUGUUUAAACUAGUGAGUAAUGAUUAAUAUGGACACUAUCUAA